UUAAUAUCGUAAUAAAUUUUAAACAAUAUUGUUGUGAUUACAAAGGUGCUUUGUAUAUAUUGACUUUAUAAUAGAGUAUUAUAAUAUCCCAAACAACAAAAUGGUUGUGGAUGAUGAACUAUGCUCAAAUAGAUGCUCUUUAUACAAGCAUGGUGAAACAAUUACAUCUGCUUUAACCAAACAUGAAGUAUCAGAUGCUGAAUUGUGUAGUUUCCUAAAUAAAAUAUGUGAUCAAUGUGGCACAUCCAAAGAUUAUGACCAUCGGUCUGCCUUGCAUGUUGCAGCUUCAUGUGGUCGCACUGAAGUUUGCAAGUGGUUAGUAUGCAGGAAACACAGCAAAAUAGAUGAAAAAGAUACUGAGUCAGGAUAUACUGCAUUGCAUAGGAGUGUUUUUUAUGGCAAAAUAGACACAGCUGUUGCACUAAUAAAACUAGGUGCAAAAAUUAAUAUUUUGGAUUGUAACAAUUUAACCCCCUUGGAUCAUGCAUUGAAAGAUAAUCCAUUGUGUGCAUGGAAUUUUCCUGUGCCAAGGUGGAUCUACAUGUGGGGCACUAAUUUCAAUUACACACUGGGUUCAAGUCAAUCCAAACAUAGUCCUGAAUUAGUGGACACAUUUCAUAAAAUUAAGCCUAAUGCAUUGGUAAAGAAAGUGUGCCUUGAAAAAUAUCACACUGCUAUUUUAACUGAGAAUGGUGAAAUAUUUACUUAUGGUCAUGGGCAAGGUGGCAGAUUGGGAUUGGGAUCAGAAUCAUCUAAUUUAGAACCUACACAAGUUAAGUUUCAUUUUAAUCACAAAUCCCUUGCAAUUAAAGAUGUAUGCAUUGGUAGGGAUCAUUGUUUGUUUCUUGCUGAAAAUAAUACUGUCUGGGCAUGUGGUUCAAAUGCGAAUUUUGUCCUAGGUGUUCAUCCAACGGUUCCUGAAUUAUUGGUACCAAAACCAUCAACUUUGAAAACACCAGUCACAAAUAUAUGCUGUGCGACUUAUCACUCGGUAGCGUGGAGUCCGGUGGCAAUGUACACAUGGGGAUUAAACGGUGGUCAGAUAGGUCACGAUAAGAAUAAUGAAAUUCAUCAAAUUUUACCAAAAAAAGUUACGUACGUGAUGGGAGACUGGUUGCUUAAAGAUGUCGUUGCAAGUAAUGGCGCAACGGCUGUUUUAACAGAUCACGGAGAUAUUUUUGUCCUACAUGAAUUCCAAUGCAGAAAAAUUGCGUCCAAAAUUUUAGAUAUUGAGCGAAUUAAAAUGGUCGGCGGUAAAUUAUCUAUUGACAAGGGUGCUACCGUGGAAUUAAGAGUCGUUGCCUUGACUAAAGCUGGAAACUUAUUGAUUUGGCGAGAAAGUGACCAGCAUUUGGAUCGCGCUAUAUUUACGCUGAAUCGUCUAUUGAAACUUAAAGAUGUUACAUUGAACAACAAGUCUAUGAUCUUGUUGACUAACGACAGAGAAUUGUUUAAGGCCUACCCAGAAACUAGGAAGAAACAAAAAAACCAUGAUAAAAAUAAAUCAAAAAUUUUCAAUAAAUUCUUGAACAGAAAUGAAUGCAUCUUGGUUGAUCUAGAAAGGAUUCCCAAGAUAUUUGCAGCAGAUACAAUUGUAUCUGAUUUAGAAGGAGAUAAUUUUGUCUCAUUGCAAAUGAAUGUAUCUUCAUAUAUAACAAGAGUUCCCAAUAUUUCUUCAUCGACGAUGGAAGAUGAUUUUCAAAACCUUUUAAUAAAACCAGAAACAUCGAAUUUUGUGUUUACAGUGAGAGGAGUUAAUUUCCCUGUUCACAAAUACAUUAUUGGGUUGGGAAGUGAUAAAUUAAAGAAAAUGGUAUCCGAAUGCAACGAAAUUAAAAUUGACUCGAUACAUCCACAAAUAUUCGAGCAGUUGUUAAAUUAUCUUUACACCAAUGAUUGCGAACUAUUACAUGCAGGGCCAUGUUCUGUUAAUAUAACUCCAACGGUGAAAUCUAAAAUCGAAGUUGAAGAGUUUGUCAACUGUGCUGGUAAAUCGGUAUUUGAAGUGUAUAAUAGCCAAUCAAAGAACACACAGGAAAUUGAAGUCACUGAUCCAGUAAAGUUGCUUCAGGACGCAGCCAAAUCAUUAGGGUUAAAUUCUUUGUAUAAUGAUACAUGCAAAUGUGUAUAUUCUAAUGGAGUGAUUAAGUAUAAAACCGGUAAAGAUUUUACUCCAAAAAUACUUAAAUUCAAAAUCGAUGAUUUAGUGGAACUGCACGAUAUUCAAAUUGAAUGUAAAAGUGAUAAAAUUGUGGCUGCUCAUAAGUGCAUAUUAGAAGCCAGGUCCGAAUUCUUUAGGAACAUGUUUUCUGUUCGGUGGAAUGAUGAUAAAUCAACUUGCAAACUAACUCUUCCGUUUGCAUAUUCCACAAUAAAUCGGUUAAUGAAUUACUUGUACAUGGAUCAGGUUAGCUUAGAUAAUGAUGAUUUAGAUACUGUAUGUAAUUUACUAGUGUUGGCUGAAUAUUUACUUAUGGACCGAUUGAUAGAAGUCUGCGAAUUUACUUUAUCGAAGAUGAUAACUUUCAAGAACGUCUUAACUGUUAUUUCAUUGGCGCAUACUUACAACGCGAAUCAAUUGAAAAUCUGUUGCAUGGAGUUUAUUUGUUUAAAUAUUGCUGCAUUUUUGGAGUCGAGGUGUUUGGAAGAGAUCGACGAAGAAAUUCUAAUAGACUUAACGAAGUUUUAUGCCACAUGGAAUAGAUAUAUGAGCCACAGGAUCAUAACUCCGUAUUCUGAUAAUACGAGCGACGAAGUUAUAAAAGAAAUACACAAAUCUAAUCCUGUUAACAUGGACUUUAACGAUGAAAUAAUUGUGACACCCAAUUUAUCUCAAAGGAAACGAACUAAAUCUCAUAAAUCAGGUAGCCAGAAGAAAUCAGAAUCCAAACAAGAGCCAGAGGAGAAAGUAACUGAAUCUGUUAUAAUCCAAUGCCCCGAAGAAAAAAUAAAUGUAAAUAUGAUAACGCCACCUCCGGCAAGAAUAAAAGCUAUUUCCUCUGCCAUGGAGAAAAUAGCACUCGAUAAUGCUGAUGAAGACUACUUCGUCAACUUAACUAAAGGAGAUUUUCCUGAUCUCAAUGAAUCGUUCGCCAGUCCAGAUGGCAGCAGUAAAACCAAAUCCGAACAUCGUCCGGAUAAACAUAAAAUGCAAAAGGUAUCUCAGAAAAUGAGAAAACGAUUGUCGUCCGAGUGUUCAUUGAACGCCGUACCAGAGAGUCCCAAAAAUCCAUGGAAAAGAAUCGAACCGCUAAAAAGUCCAAUUGGAUCAUCCGACGCGAAAGCAAAUAUAAGUACGAUUAUAACGGAGGAGAAGAAGCAGAAAGAAAAUUUGACGAAAAUAAAAAGCAAAUUGCUUAUCUAUACACAGUUGGAAGAUAAAGCUAUUGAAGAGCUGCAGAAGUUUUACAACGUCGAUAAUAUUUCGGAUGAGGUCAUUGAAGCGGGAAGGGUUGAAAUCGGUUUAGUGGCUGCACCUAUUUGGGUACAUAAAUAAAAUUAAAUGAUUUUUAUUUACAUUAUAAUCGU